GCUGCCGCAGAGCGAGCGGCGCCGCGGUUCCUUUUGCAAGCGGCCGGCGGAGCAUGUGGGCCCGGUAUAGCGCUGCCGGGUGGCGGCUGCAGCAGCUGAGCCGCUGCCGCGUUCAUAGUUCCAGAUCAUUCAACCAAAGUUUGUGGAGGUGGAAAAGCAGCUCUGCCAACGAAAGAGCCCUGCAGUACAAGGUCGGAGAGCAUAUCCAGGGGUUCACGGUCAAGCAGGUGACAACUGUACCCGAGUUGUUCUUAACUGCUGUUAAACUCAGCCAUGAUAAGACAGGGGCCAAGUAUCUGCACGUGGCACGAGAGGAUUCAAAUAAUCUGUUCAGCGUUCAGUUCCGUACCACCCCGAUGGAUAGCACAGGUGUCCCCCACAUCUUGGAGCACACUGUGCUCUGCGGGUCCCUGAAGUACCCUGUCCGAGAUCCCUUCUUCAAAAUGCUGAACCGAUCGCUCUCCACGUUCAUGAAUGCAUUUACAGCUAGUGACUACACACUCUACCCAUUUUCCACCCAAAAUCCUAAGGAUUUCCAGAAUCUUCUCUCUGUAUACUUGGAUGCAGUGUUUUUCCCCUGUUUGAGGCAUCUAGAUUUCUGGCAAGAAGGCUGGAGGUUAGAACAUGAGAACCCAAGAGAUCCUCAGACCCCGUUAACCUUCAAAGGAAUCGUUUUUAAUGAAAUGAAGGGAGCCUUUACAGACAAUGAGAGAGUGUUCUCUCAGCACCUUCAGAACCACGUUCUCCCUGAUCACACAUACGCGGUUGUGUCAGGCGGAGACCCGCUGAAGAUCCCCGACCUUUCUUGGGAGCAGCUGAAACAGUUCCACGCCUCCCACUAUCAUCCCAGCAAUGCAAGGUUCUUCACUUACGGUAAUUUUCCAUUGGAGCAACACUUGAAACAAAUUCAGGAGGAAGCGCUGAGCAAAUUCCAGAAGAUUGAACCAGAGACGAGUGUCCCCCCGCAGCAACCCUGGAACAAGCCUAGAGAACGACACGUGACGUGUGGCAUGGAUUCGUUUGCUACAGACCCUAAAAAGCAGACCAUGGUCAGCGUCAGCUACCUCCUGGCCGACAUUACAGAUACUUUUGAAACCUUCACACUAAACCUGUUGUCUUCAUUGUUGGUUGGUGGUCCGAAUUCCCCCUUUUAUAAAGCUUUAAUCGAGGCGGGCCUGGGUACAGAUUUUUCACCAGAUGUCGGAUUUAAUGGCUCCACGAGAGAGGCUUAUUUCAGUGUCGGCCUUCAAGGGAUCGCUGAGGAAAACAUAAACACUGUGAAGCGAAUCAUUGCUAGAACCAUUGAUGAAGUUAUUGAGGACGGAUUUGACGAAGAGAGAAUUGAAGCUCUACUUCACAAAAUUGAAAUCCAAAUGAAGCAUCAGUCGACGAGCUUUGGGCUUGCCUUGACCUCGUAUAUCGCCUCCUGCUGGAAUCAUGAGGGAGACCCCGUGGACCUUCUGAACAUUGCUGAUAAAACAGCUCAGUUCAGAGAGUGCCUCAAAGAGGAUCCUCUCUUUCUUCAGAAAAAAGUAAAACAGUACUUUAAGGAUAACCCCCAUCAACUUACUCUGUCGAUGAGUCCAGACGGAGCUUUCUAUGACAAACAAGCGACUCUGGAAGCAGCAAAGCUGAAAGAGAAGAUUGAGGCUCUUUCUGAAGAAGAAAAGAAACAAACGUAUGAAAAAGGUUUGGAGUUGUUGGAUCUGCAGAGCCAGCUCCAAGACACAUCCUGCCUUCCAGCCCUAAAGGUUUCAGAUAUUGAACCUAGAAUUACGUUCACUGAGCUGGAGACAUCGCUUACAGCUGAGGAUGUUCCUGUCCAGUACUGCGCUCAGCCCACGAACGGCAUGGUCUACUUUAGAGCAGUCUGCAGUCUUAACACCCUCCCGGAAGAACUCAGACCCUACGUGCCGCUUUUUUGCAGCGUCAUAACCAAAAUGGGAUGUGGAGCUCUCAGUUACAGAGAACAGGCUCAAGAAAUUGACUUGAAGACUGGUGGGCUCACUGUUGGCCCGCACAUCACUGCUGAUGACUCCCAUCUGGAUAUAUACGAACAGGCAAUGCUCUUCUCUUCAUUGUGCCUGGAUAGAAAUCUGCCGGACAUGAUGCACAUAUGGACUGAGAUAUUCAACAACCCCCGUUUUGAAGAUGAGGAACAUUUCAAAGUCUUGGUGAAGAUGGCAGCUCAAGAGCUGUCGAAUGGGAUCCCCGAUUCUGGACACCUGUAUGCCUCGAUCAGGGCUAGCAGAACCCUAACCCCAGCAGGAGAGCUGCAAGAACUGUUUAAUGGCAUGGAGCAGGUGAAACUGAUGAAGCGAAUUGCAGAAAUGUCCGAUAUUAAGCCAGUGCUGCGCAAGCUGCCCCGCAUCAAGAAGUACCUGUUAAACAGUGACAACAUGCGAUGCUCCGUGAAUGCCACUCCCCAACAGAUGCCCCAUGCUGCAAAAGGUGUGGAAAAGUUCAUAAAGAAUAUUGCGAGGAGUAAAAAGGAACGAAAACCCGUCCGGCCGCAUGUGGUUGAGAAACCUUCAGACUCCAAAACUGUGUCCGGUGAGACACUCACAUGUGCCCAGAUCACAAGGAAACUGAUUACAGAUCCCACUUUCCAGCCGUGUCAGAUGAAGACCCAUUUCCUCCUUCCCUUCCCAGUGAAUUAUGUCGGCGAAUGUGUUCGAACUGUUCCCUUCACAGCCACAGAGCAUGCAAGCCUUCGCAUCCUUGCCCGCUUAAUGACUGCUAAGUUCUUGCACAUGGAAAUUAGAGAGAAAGGAGGAGCCUAUGGAGGCGGUGCCCAGCUUGCCCACAAUGGCAUCUUCACGUUCUAUUCUUAUAGGGAUCCAAAUUCAAUUGCAACGCUGGCUACCUUUGAAAAAGCUGCUGAGUGGGCCAGGGCAGGCAAAUUCACACAGCAAGACAUCGACGAAGCCAAGCUUGCUGUCUUUGCAGCUGUAGAUGCUCCCAUAGCACCGUCUGACAAAGGUAUGAAUCGCUUUUUGCACGGAAUCUCUGAUGAGAUGAAGCAGCAGCACAGAGAGCACCUUUUUACUGUUGCAAAGGAUCACCUGAUGGAGGCAGCCAGCAAAUACCUCGUUCCUGGGAGGAGCACAAGAGGACUAGCUAUUCUUGGACCAGAAAAUGCUGACACUGCCAAAGACCCUUCAUGGGUUAUACGAUAACACCUGCCAUCAGAUUUUAAUGGGAUAAACUAGUUUGUAUGCCAAAUAGCAAAAUAACUUAAACUCCUCCUGCAAUACUGAGAAGGAAUCAUUGCACUGUGUUUCCUAAAAAAGCUCGCCCUGCAGCAGUGUUUGUUGAAGGAAGAUGUUGCUCUGCGUCUGUCUUUCACUAAACCAGUAGCAGCUUUUUCAGCUGAAGCUCUAGCCAAUUCUGCUGAAGUUGGCUGUGCCUAAGUUCUGUUGAAGCCAUUGGAACAUGUUAGUUGGGACAAGUUUGUCACAGCUAGUCUUAGUUUGAUCAUGCUUGGUGCGAACAACAUGUAAAUCAGUAUUUUAUAGAAGCUCAAAAUUAAGAUUUAGAUAAUUUACCUUAAAUCAUGUCAUGUCAAACUAGGACGUCAGCUAUUCUUUUUUUAAACAAUAAAAACUUUAAGAUUC